ACACAAUAGCUGGAGAAUUUCAGGAAGGCCAGGUUCAGCAAGGAGCACCGUGGGAGUUCAGUUCCUCAUGGGACCCUGUCCCUAGAGGUGUCUAAACUGGGAUAUCCAACAAACAAGGUCAUCUGUGAAAGUUAGGGCCUGACCCUACUUCCUUGACAACACUACGCUCCCGUGGCUGCAACGUAUUUAAAAAAUAAGGAACUGUUUUCUUAGCACCAUGUGUAACCCACACGCCUCCUGGUGCAGUGCUCUGUCCCAUGGAGUGGCACAGAAACCACUGAGAGAUCGAUGAGUCUGCUACAACCUUAGCUCAUGCAGUAGAGGGUCAUGCAUUUAUCUCCAGAAGUCCCAGGCUCAAUCCCGCCAGCCAACGACUGGGGUCUGUCAGUGUUACACCCAUACUGCCCCUCCUCCUGAUAUUAUCAUUAUUAAUUAAUAAUCAGCCCUCACCUAUAUUCACAAGGGGUAUUUCUUGCUGCUUUUUUGCAGCACUCAGCAACUACCAAUGUUGUACAGAGAGGAAAACAUAAGGGACGUCGGCAAUCCUAGCCCCUGACUUCAAUAGGAGCAGCAACUUCAACCCCUCUCCCCCCAUGUACACACACAAAAAGAAACAGAAAAAAAAAAAUGUUUUUAGGUAAGCACUGAAUGUCUCCAGGGAGAUACAGAGCACCCUUAACUCCCACUAGGAUCAGGCCCUAACUGUACCGGUGCUGAAUGGACUCUUGGAAACUUGAUUUAAAAACUGCUGUAUUCCACAGUGAUGAUACGGGGAGUCUUAGAAACACAGAGCGUGUUACCAAACCCUGACCUUAUGAAGCCAAUCUGCUGCAAGCUCAGUGCUUCAUAAAACAGAGGCUUGUAGGAGAAGUACAGCUCUCACUGUCUUUAUUUAGUAUAAACUUUAGUUAUGUCGAUCAGCAGAAUAUCCUCCUAGCAGGAGCAGUGGCUCAGAUGUCAUCCAGACCUAAAACUGUAGUUGAGUGGGGUUUUUUUCCUUUCGCUGAGAGUCGUUUUUAUUUAGUUUUUAAUGGAUUUUUAAAAAUCCAAACACUUCAGACAGUUUUGUGAUGCUUAAUGCUUUAUUUAAAAAGCUAACAAUGUUCAUUGGGGGGGAGAGAGGGGGCUCAGAAAUAGCCAUUGGCCAGUCUUGUUGAUGUGCUAUAGUCUAUUGCUAAAGGAGCCUAACAUGUAAGCCAAAGAUUUCUCAAGUUUCUAUUGAUUUGAGUUGCCCAGGGUGAGACAUUCCAAAAGGCCUGGUUUUCAGAGAGCACCAAUCACCCACUCUCUGAAAAUCAGGGCCCUUUAAUCACAUCUCAAUGGUACCAGUGGCUUUUGAAAACCUUGGCUGUUGUUGAUAAUGAGAGCAGCAGUGGUUUGAGCACAGGCCUGGGAGCCAGAAACUCUGCUGCCAGCUUACUGUGUGCACCUGGGCAUGCUACUUAACCCCUCUGUCUCAGCUUCCUGCCCCCCCAUAACCGUAAAAUUAAAAUAGUUACCUUCAUUCCUCCCCAGGUUUGGGGUCCUUUCAGCCAACUAUUCCUAUUCAGCAAGGCACUUGAGCACGCUGGAGUAAAUGGGACUCAAGCAGCUACUUGUUACCUUGAAGCAAGGCUUUAGAGUGGCCGCAGUGAGGCUCCAAACAUGACCAAGGAGGAGCAGCUACCAGACUGGCAUUCGGCCAAGGAAUUUUAUCAGAAUUAUGACCCGAAGGAAAUUCUGGGCAGAGGGGUAAGCAGUGUGGUUCGUCGGUGCAUUCACAAACCCACCAGCCAAGAAUAUGCAGUUAAGAUUAUAGACAUCACAGCUGGCAAUUUAUCCCCAGAGGAGGUCCAGGAGCUGAGGAAAGCCACUAUCAAGGAGAUAGACAUCCUUCGAAAGGUCUCAGGACAUCCCAAUAUCAUUCAGCUGAAGGAUAGUUAUGAAUCCCACACCUUUUUCUUCUUGGUGUUUGACCUAAUGAAGAGAGGAGAGCUUUUCGAUUACCUCACAGAGAAAGUCACCUUAAGUGAGAAGGAAACCAGGAAGAUCAUGCGUGCACUGCUGCAAGUGAUCCAAUACCUCCAUUCCAUGAACAUCGUCCACAGAGACCUGAAGCCGGAGAACAUUCUCCUGGAUGACAACAUGAACAUCAAGCUGAUGGACUUUGGCUUCUCCUGCCAGUUGAAUAGGGAUGAGACGCUCAAAGAAAUCUGGGGCACUCCUGGCUAUCUAGCACCUGAAAUAUUAGAGUGCUCCAUGGAUAAGGACCAUCCAGGGUAUGGAAAGGAAGUUGACAUGUGGAGUAGUGGUGUGAUCAUGUACACCCUGCUGGCUGGCUCCCCGCCUUUCUGGCACCGGAAGCAGAUGCUCAUGCUACGGAUGAUCAUGAGCGGGAAUUACCAGUUCAGCUCUCCGGAAUGGGAUGAUCAGUCAGACACAGUCAAAGAUCUGAUUUCCCGGCUCCUGGUAGUGAAUCCUAAGACGCGCUACACAGUCAGCGAUGCGCUGGCCCACCCAUUCUUCCAGCAAUAUGUCGUGGAGGAAGUGCGGCACUUCAGCCCUUUAAGGAAAUUUAAGGUCAUCUGCCUGACAGUUCUGGCAUCAGUCCGCAUCUAUCAUCACUAUCGGAAUGUCAAGCCAGUUACCAGGGAGGUACUAAUGAGAGACCCCUACGCUCUGAAACCCAUUCGCAAAUUGAUCGAUGCCUGUGCCUUUAGAAUCUAUGGGCACUGGGUGAAGAAAGGAGAAGCACAGAACAGAGCAGCCCUGUUUGAGAACACUGCAAAGGUGAUUUUGCUGAGCUUAGCAGCAGAGGAAGCCUUGUUUUGAUUUAGCCCUGAGUAAAACUGCUUCAGCACCAUCUUAGCUUAAGUUUGUAAGAGCUAAGGCAAGCAGAUGCUCUGGAAACUAACCGCAGUCUCCUUUAUGUUUUCCCAAUAAAAUCUCAAUAGAUAAUAUUAAAUCCAGGGUGUGCCAAACCUUGACAUUCUUAUUUGGCCUUCAAAAGAUGCCAGAUGCACAAACCUCUGCACCCCUGCAGAACCCCAUCAAACUUCAAUGAGAGUUUUGCCUGUGUAAGGCCUCCACAAUUUGGCCUUGCCAGACCGAUCUUCAACUUCCCUCCAAAAUGACAUUUAAGAGCCUGAUUUUUUAGAAGUGGCCUCCAAGUUUUGCAGCUGUAAUUAACAGUGUGUGUAAAUAUACCCUCAGAUCAGGCAGGUGAACAUCUUAAAUGCCAGCACGUGUGCCCCACAUUAAUUCCACCUGAAUGUUGGUUUUUUUGGCCUGGAAUGAAUUGCAGGCACAAAAUUGGUCCCCAAGAUGAGGCCGCUUUUGGAAAAGAAUAGAGUUGGGGGCCCAAGCAAAAUCCUAGCUGUGGCAUUUGGGUACACCUCCUCCAGCUCUGAACAGCACAGCUCUGUCCCUUCUCUAAUGCAGAGGGAACCAAUAGGGGAUGCAAGAACAAUAGAAUACACUUAGUGCUUCUCCUAUAGGAACCACACCCUUUCAUUGGCAGGAUGGACCGUGCUCCCCUGAGCUGUGGUAACAGAAGGAUGUGAGCGAGCACCCUCACACCUGUGUGAAAUCCUCUCCAGCAGUGGUGGCAAUAUUUUCUGUUAUUACCAUUUGCUACAAUCAGGCUCAUGUUGCUCUUGCUGGUGCCCUUCUGCUUACAGCUAGGACCUCGAUCUUGUAAGCUACACCUAGGCAGACCUUUGCACCUGCACCAGUGCAGUCAGUGGACCUCCACGUGGACACAGAGGCUCACCCCUAUGAAGCAGCUUGCCGGAUUGGAGUCUCAGUGUCUGGCCCAGGCCAGCCUGAGGUUUCAAAGCCACACUUUCAUUUGGUAGCAGGCACGACCUGUUCUGUGAAGACGAUAGAUUGGCCAUUGAAUUGUUAGAGGCAAGGAGGAAAGGGGGCAGGGGUAUGGAAAGCAGCCCCACCCAUGGGGACACUUGCAAAAUACUAACCAGUUACGUUCAAUUGCUUGAGGUUAAAAACCACACGAAAAAGCUGAUCAAGCUUUGUUUUUACAAGGUGGCUGUUGCUAUUAGAGACCCACAUUUCCAAGCUUCUGGGAUCAGCCUUCACCGGCAGGACCUUAAGUAUGGUGGGCGUAUCCCAUAUCACUUUCAAAAAUCAAGUCUUUCAGAGCAUGAAUACACUGGUUUGGGUGCCUCACUGCAAAGACGAGUGUUCACUGCCUGCUUUGCCAUCUGUAAAAUGAGGCUAAUGAUACUGACCUCCUUUGUAAGGCACUUUGAGAUCCACUGAUGAAAAGUGCUGUAUAAAGGCUAGGUAUUAUCCACUGAGCUCUUGCUUCAUUUAGCUUUGAAAACAGAAAUCAGAGCCUUUAUCUUAAGGGACUUGAUUGGCUCCUUCCUUUCUAUCAGGAAUGGGGCAUAUCCUGAACGGUGACUAGUAUCUCACAUAGCGCUCUUCCUAGCCAACAGAUUCCAUUAUGUCAUUAUCACUGCCAGCCUUAGUUACCGCUAUUAUAACCAGUCAAGCUAUAAACGAUGCCUUAAGUGUGACAGAGGUUUUGUUUCCAAAGCUUUAAUGCACUAUGUGAAGAGUAGCAAUUCAUUUUAUGCAUCUACAACUUAGGCUGAGUUUUUAAACAGCCUUUGAAUGACGGAAAAUGCACAUUGCAGCUAACAGUGACCUGGGUACUGGAUAUGUAUUUAGGAGACAUUUUAAAAGAUAUAGGGCUAAUACACAGACCUCACAUUGGGCAAAAUGGUCAAGGGCUUCAGUUUAUUUAUGUCUGUUUUGUAAACUGUUUACAUGUCAAUAAAUAGGCUUCAUUUUACUUAGCUGGUGUGACGUGGCAUUGUUAAGCUAGUUCCUGUUGUAUUCUUUCUGUCAAGCAACAUAUUAGGCUGGGAUUUGUAAAGGGGCCUAAGGCAUUAAGUGCCCAACUCCCACUGGAUGCCAAUGGGAGUUAGAUGUCUAACUUCUUUAGCACACCCCCUUUUGUAAACCUCAGCCGUAAUGCUUAGCAUUUAUAUUCAAAUGCUUUACAGACACUAAGUAAUUCAUCCUCCCAAUAGCCCUGUGAGGUAAGUAUGUUUUAUUAUCCCCGUUUUCAAGGUGGGGAAACUGAGAUAGAGCUGAGGUUAAGGGGCAGAUUGUCAGAGGUAUUUAUCAACUUAAAGAUGGAGAUAGGUGCCUAGGUGCUUUUAAACCAAUGGGAGCUUGAUUUAAUUCCCAUUUUAAAUCAACAGGCGUCAGAUGCCUGGGUGUUCUUGAA